AUAUAUACUGUAACCGCGUUACACGUGUAAGUAAGGUUUAUACUGAAUUUUGAUAAGUCACUCAAUCAUUCAAGCAUGUUCAAAAUGCUAGGUAUUUUACAGUAAAUGAAUAGAUUUCAGUAAAACGUGACAUCCCUUGAUACACGAAAUAUUUGGGUAUCGUGUACUUUAUUCAUUCUGGAAAACCGGCAAACUUAACCUCAUAAAAACAUUACAUGCGGUCAUAGUGGCCCUAUAUAGCUAGCAAAUAAUGUACAUAGCAAGUUUUACUGUUGCCUUCAAGUCACUGAGUUAAGGUUGAGUUGCAUGGGACAUAAACAGCGGGACCUGCACAACGUGUAUCUUAGUCUCCACCUUUAUGCAAAAUGUAUGUAGUUGGAAAUAUUUACCGGGUCAGGGAUGUUAUAUCUUACCUACGUGGCCAAGGAACAAGUGUCGGCCACAUGAAACAAAUUAAUUGAUCGAAGUGAGGUUGUAAGAAAUUUUUGUUUGAAAGAUUAAGGGGUGAUGUGAAAAAAGAAAAACUUGCUUUCUUUUUUUUGCUUUUUUUUUGGCGCAAUUGGUAAAAACUCAAUAGACGUCUUGCUUUACGAAAUGUUUCAGACUAAAAGCAAUAUCUCACAACUACAACCACCUGCUCAUAUUCUUAUUUCUCAUCAGUUUUGUGAAUAUCAUAAUGCAGGGUAGUUCAUUAGUUCAUAUAUUGACUUGUAUUUUUGUAAUUUAUUCAUGGACACAGACGUCACUGGGCUUUCUUACCCCUUUGCCUCCACCUGCCUAUUUCCGUCAAAAGAAGCGUCAAUUAGAUGUCUCAUGUAGGUGUUGCAGUGUUUUGUGAAGCUGAGCAUAACUAAAACUAAUAAUUAAUGAGAUUUUUAAAAUGAAUCUGAAAGGGUAUACAUAUAAACUUCCUUAAAAUCGUUAAAUAACUUAACAGUUUCAUUUAACGGUAUGCAUAUUUUGCGAAGAUUCUGAGAAAAGUACAAUCCCAGAUGAAAGACGUAAAGAGCAGGUGAAAUAAAGUCUUACUUGCAUCACUGGAAGAAAAAAAAGUGUGUUAACCUGAGGAUUAGAGAGAGAGAGAGAGAGAGAGAGAGAGAGAGAGAGAGAGAGAGAGAGAGAGAGAGAGAGAGAGAGAGAGAGAGAGAGAGAGAGAGAGAGAAAUGAAAAGAUGUAAGGGAGGAAGCCACCAGGCCUCCCGUCAGUGUUUACGCCACACACAGUUAAGGGAAAUGAAUGCAAAUACUUGGCAGACAUGAGCACCGACGUGAGCAUCUCUCAGCACGCCACGCCGAAAUGUGUGCGGGAUAUGUGGGGAGGUAAUGGCGCCGCGGUGAUGAUCUGCCGCCACCGAGACUUGCUGUGGUGGUGGUGGUGGUGGUAGUGUUGGUGUGAGUGCAUCAGCAGUGCGUGAUGAUGAUAAGGAAGAAAGCUGCUGGAAUGAUAAUAGUGGUUGUUAGAGCAGCAGUGGAACGACAGAAAUGAAGAUAUGAGAUUACUACUACUACUUCUAAUUAUUAUUGUUGUUGUUAUCAUCCCGAUCAUCAAUCAUAGUCACUUAAAUUUCGGCCAUAUCCAGUUUGGUGUUUUCUAGGCACGGUUCAAAUUUUCAAGUUUGUAACCUUUUCCCAGGCUUUCGAAUGUUGUUUUGUGGGUGUUGAUGCUGGUGGUGGUGCUGGUGAUGAUGUUGCUGAUGUUGGUGAUGAGUGAAAGCGGUGAUUGUGAUGUGUGCUGGUGUUAUGGGUGGUGUUAAUGUUAGCGGUAUGCAGCGGUGGUGCUGGCAUGUGGUAGUGAUGGUAGUGGUGUCACUGGUGAGUGGAAACGGUGGCUGUGGUAUGUGGUGGUGGUAAUUUGGGUGGGGGGUGGAGGUGGAGAGGCGGCGAUAGCAGCGGCGGCGGUGGCGGCAUCUGCGACGGUGUGGCGGGUUAGGAGGCGGCCGGUAGUCAGUAGGGUGCGUGAGCCAGUGUGGAGUGGGUGCCUCGCCUGCCUCGAAUUCUCGCGCCACUCCUUACGCAGCCGCUCGGCCUCAGCGGAAGUGUGUGUAAUUUUAUAACGCUGCAUGAGCCUAACCAGACGCAGAAAUGUCUUUCUCGCAGCUCUCGUCUCUGGAAAUGACAGACUCAGAUUCACAGGACAUUGAAAUGCCUGACUCUGACACAGUAGAGUACAGCAAUCCGCCAGUGCUUGAAAUAUCGAGUCCGGAAGAGGAGAGUCUCGACCUAUCGGACCCGGAGCUGUAUGAUCCUGAACUGGAGGACUCGGAAUUAGCAGACUUUUCGUCUUUUGACUCCCUGCACUCUGAAUUAUCGGAUCCAGAACUCCAUGACUCGGAGCUCGUGGACCUCGAGUUAAUAGAGCAGGUGUCGGAUUUAGAUCUCGAGGAUCCCGAGAUAACCUUCCCGCCAACACCCACGGAGGAGCCCAACCCGCCCAAACCGUCCAACCCGCCCAACCCUGCCCCCUCACGCCCUAUUGGCAUGGUCACGCAGGUUUGAAAAGACGCUGAUAUAUGUUUAAGGCUCAGGUGGAAAUACUGGAUGCAGAGAAUUGGAUUUCCUGUGUAAAGCUGAGCCUUGAUAGUGUUUAUACCGGGCCCUCGAUGCGCGGCUACCUAGGAAAGAGAUCAGUGCAUCAGUUACAGUGAAUGUAGUGAACAUGAAAUAUAGGAGGCGGCUGCAACGGUGGUGAAAGUGAAGCUCCAAAUAAAAAAAAGGAACUUUUGUGUUUUAUCUGAAAUUGAUGUGUUAGUCGGUAAAUUUCCUAAGAAAAUCCUCUUGAAUGAAAAGUGAAUAAUCGUUGUGCUUUGUUACGUGUGUAUGAAAAUGAACCGUCUGUGUUCUCUACAACUGUGCUGCAGCGACUCUAUUUUUGUGACUGGCAGCUGAAAAAAAAAAAUGUCGUAUGGUCUGCAGGCAAAUGUGUCAGUGAAAUUCAAUUAGGGUAUUACUGAAAACUCUGAACCCUGAAACCUAAAAGUGUUUACAAAGGAAAAAUAAUAUUUUUUGUGUGUGUUUCGAAAUGAGCGAUGAAGUGCACAGUGGCUGCGUGCGUAGUGAGCGUGUGAUGUGAGAAGUGAGUGGUGAGUGCCGGUGCGGCAUGGGCGAGGCAGCGGCUGACGCCAGUGGGGGAGUGUGAUGCGUCCCCGCGCCUCUGCCACGCCAUGAUGGCGCUCUUCGGGAUGGUCUGGCUACUCAAGGUUCGUAAACACUUGCGUCACUGCGCCCACUGCCGCGCCCACUUGAGAACCUGCGCACACUGUCGUGCGCGGCCGUCACCCUCCCUGCCGUCCAUCAUCACCUCGCGAGAUUCAACUAAAGAGUCAUGUGCUCAGGACUCCGCCUCGCAGACCUCUCCGCCUGAGCAGGAUCGGACCAAAAUUUCUCUUGACUUAGUGGCUCACCGUCCAGCCUGCGAGGAUGACAGCGACAGUCAAGAAGGGCCCGACGGGGAGGGGCGUGGCCCUGGGCCGGGCGAGGAGGAUGCCAGUGAGGGGGAGGACAGAACAGUGGAGGAAAGAGUCGACCCUCCACCCAUGUCAGAGACAAGUGAGAGCGACGGAAGUACUGUUCCCUUUGACAGUAAAGUGUUCCCUGCAGUGACUGCCUCCACGCCGCUCCCACCACUCAGCCCAACUCCUCCGGUUCGUGAAGGGAGUAGAUCUCCCAGACGGCCUCAAGAUCCGGCUGUCAGUAUAGCCCAGGAACCGUGUGAAAGUGUUUCCGGCUCCUUGGCCAGUCGCGUGUGUGGCUUGUACGGUGAGGAUGUGCCACGGCGCGACCCGGCCACUGCUGAUAGACGGAGAUCACUCUGUUCCAUGAAAAGACGCAGCUUACCUGAGGUUGAGGAUGAGGAGGCUAAAAAUAACAGGACUUCCACACUGCCCAGACAAGCCUCAACUGGUAGUGGUUACCGUUUUUGUUACACUCAAGGGCACACACAUCCCAAUGCUUACGUCCCCUUAGCUGGGUCAACACCACAUCUUCCACAAAAUACCAGUAGUUCCCUUCCCACUUGGGACAAAACUACUCAUUACUCACACAUUAGUCAGGUUUCCACCAACACAGUUUCGGCCGUAACGCCACAUGUUACACCAGCCGCCACUCUCCACACCCUCAGGUCUCCUCCGAGAGGCACCCGUAUUAACUCUGGAUCCACGCUAUCUGCCGGGGGACGUGCUGGAGGGUGCAUACGGUGGCUCGGAUUCUAGUUCCCAGAGCGGUUCGCGUAGUUCGUACAGCGACCACAGCUUACCGCCCCCAUUGCCCUUUUCCGAGGGAGCUAUUCACUACCUCCCUGCCCCCCCAGCUGUCAGCAACACGACCUUACAGUAUCACCACCAGCUGCUUCCUCCCCCUGCAAGGGCUGAGAGUACCUACGGGAGGUGGCCUGAGGUGACCAGGCCGCCGAGUCCUCCCAGCCAACGCGUCCACUACAGAGAUGGAGUGUGGUCCAUCCCCACUCGUUCCAGUGUUGUCCACCUUCCUGGGGGCUGAAUACCCCAGCUACGACCCCACUACAGUGCCGGGUCGCGACCGUCGCCCUUACGGUCAGGUGGAUACCCAGACCUAUUCAUCGCAGGGGACGCGAGGCACCCUGCCCAGGACCCGCAUCAACUCUAGGUAUCAAGGCUCACCAGCGCGUCAAACUCGGAGUCAUUCCCGCAGUCCGAGCCAUCCCCGCAUCAGGCUUGACCAGCUGGAGGGAAGCAGGCCACCCCCCCUUCCGGACUGGGGAGGACCAACCUCGGCGAGAACCUCCUACUGCGCGCUGCAUGGUUACAGCAAACCAAAAGGUAAGUGGCUGCAAUUCUACCCGACAUUAAAGAUUUUGCCAACCGGAAUUUUAGGCACAAUUUAGCACGAAGUAAUCACUGCUCUCUGUUUGCUUCUUCUUGCGUUAUUUUUUUUCAACCUCAU